AUGUCAAUGUUGCUCGGAUCGGAUUUCACCCUGGCUACUACCGACAAACUCGCUGAGGCAAUUCAAGUAGAAGCCAAACGCCAAGCCAAAAGGUUCAGUAAAGCCUUGGAGAAGCUCUACAAAGAUAAUGUGGUCCCUGAAGAGCAUGAGUACAGGGGCGGUGUCAGCUUCAUCGAAUAUACAGAAAAACUUCGUUCCUUGCUGGAAGAAGCGACCGCAAGCAACUGCGUUCAGUGUAACGAAGGAAUUUGGGUGAUCAACGCAAUCUCAGAAUCUUUGAGAUGGGCAGAAAGGAGCCAGGAAGAUCGUAUGCCCGUUCCACUCCAGGAAGACAUUCCGGCAAACGCAAUUGAAGAAGACUCCGAGGAGCAUUCCGAGGAAGACCAACUACGACAAGCUUGGGAGGUCCUGAAUGAACAUAAACUAGACCAUUAUGUUUUCAGUGAAAACCGAGCGGCUGAAUUAGAGUAUGACAGAUGGACAAUACUACAGUUCAGGACGGAGGCGGUUUUGAUGUAUUAUGGACUCAUGGACAGAGAAAAAUGA